AUGGCCGGAGCGGGAAAGCGCCUGCUGGGGCUGGCGGGGAUGACGCUGGAAAAAAGGGCCGCCGGCGACGGCCUGCCGGGGCUGGCCUUCGCCUCCUUCCAGCAGAUCAGAGGGCUGGGCGGAGGGUACGAGGUUUGGGGCCAGCCUUCCAAGUACACUGAGGGCACCAAGUUCCUCGGCACGCCGGACGAGCACCUCACGCUGACUGCAAAGCGGCCUCUAUCUCCUGAUGUCUUCGAGCUCGGAGACUGGAAGCCCCAUUACAAGUUUCCAAUUGGGGCACUGUCCUCGAUCACAAACCGUGGGGCUGGCAUGGUGCUCUCUGCAGGCUGCAUCGGUGCCGGCCUGGUGGCUCUCACAGGGGACGUCCCUGCCACUGUGGAUGUGAUCAAGUCGUCCUGGCUGCUGUGCUUUCCUGCCAAGGUGGGAGUCGCCUUCCCGCUGCUGUUCCAUUACCUUGGCGGGCUGAGGCACCUGUACUGGGAUGCCGCCCAGCAUGGGAACCAGGCAGACAAGAAGGGCCCCCUUGAGCUGCAGGCUGUGGAGCAAUCCUCUAUGGCGCUGUUUGGGGUCAGUGGCGCAGCCGCCGUGAUUCUGGCAGCAUUUUACUGA